GUUAACGAAUAGUCCUCUUCGGCGCAUAUCAAGAAGAUAUCAUAUCAUCAUAUCAAGAAGAAGAAGCCCCACGCUCCGACCCCACCGUUCAUCAUCUUCUCUACCUAAUCACUAUUCCUCUCGUCUCUGCACAUUUCUCUUCAAAUUCUUCGUCUAACCAUGGCCCUGCAACUAUGGGAGGCCUUAAAAGAGGCAAUCACAACAUACACGGGUCUAUCUCCGGCCACUUUCUUCACUGUUGCUGCUCUGGUUCUUGCUAUCUACUAUGUGGUGUCUGGGAUGUUUGGGUCAUCUGAUCAUAGUAACUAUCAGAGGCCCAGGGAGAUGGGGGAGGAGAUGCAGCCCCUGCCGCCGCCGGUUCAGGUUGGGGAGAUCAGUGAAGCGGAGUUGAAGCAGUAUGAUGGGUCUGAUCCUAAGAAGCCUUUGCUCAUGGCCAUCAAGGGCCAGAUCUAUGAUGUUUCUCAAAGCAGAAUAUUUUACGGACCUGGGGGACCUUAUGCGUUGUUUGCUGGAAAGGAUGCUAGUAGAGCCCUUGCCAAGAUGUCCUUUGAGGAGAAAGAUCUUACUGGUGAUGUCUCAGGGCUUGGUCCUUUCGAGCUUGAGGCCCUUCAAGAUUGGGAAUACAAGUUCAUGAGCAAAUAUGUCAAGGUUGGAACUGUCAAGAAGGCAGUGGCCGAAAGUGAGGGAACUGCUAAUGGUGAAUCUUCAGAGGCGACCGAGCAAGAGGUUAAGCAAGCUGAUGUUUCACCCGAGAAUGCCAAGUUGGCAGAGGAUGGGCCAUCUAAAACCGUUAACCCUGUGGAGCAUACUACACCAGAAUCCAUUUCUAGUGAUGGAGUUAGUGCAUCUGAUGGCAAUGCUGACAAAAAGGACUAGAGGCCGCCAUAUGUUCAUCAAAAGCACCAAAGCGUGAUGUGAUCGAGGAAAGCAGCAGCCUCUUAUGAAGGGGUGGUGAAGAGCGUUAUUGGAUGUCUAUCUGUUAUCUACUUUUCGUGAAAACUUAAUUCUAGUGUAGAAUGCUUCUGUAGGUAAACUUCUUGUCUGAACUCCCAGUCUGCUGUAAUGAAAUAAUGAACCAACCAUUUUAUACCCUAAUUAACAAUGCCUAGCAGUGUAUACCUGUA